GGGGAAAAUUCUUUAUCUCACUAAAAACUAGUACACUCUUGAGACAUAGUAAGAAAUAUAAUUCGGACUGAGGAGAUUUACCCUGUCUAGGUCAUACUUUGUGUUCUUGUUGUGUGUUUUAUAUUACGGGUCAAAUGUCCAGGUCAAAGCCCGGUCAACCCCACCCAGCUAUAUUUACACCAUCAUUUUUGGCGCCGACCGUGGGACCCGAAGUUGUAAAAGUUUUUUCGACCAGGUCAAAACUUUACCCCCACUAAAUAUCCGCAAUCAUGUCUUCAAGCAACCACAACAUUGUGUCAAGCCAGGCUGCGAGUGAAAGCACUCCUGCUAUCCCAUUGAUGAUGUCGAGCAUGGGGACGACCUUUGCCCCGAUCACCACGGCUCUACAGGGCUAUCAACAGGUGAUGGCCAUGAUGCAACAGACAGGGGGCAUCAUGCAAUUUGCCUUCCCUGGCAUAAUGCCGCCAACCAUGACUCCCAUGCAACCCCCGAUGUUGACCCCAUCAACAUUCAUUCCAAGGAUGGUCCCUGUGCGCCCGGUGAAUUUGACAGGGAUCAUGAAUGAGGCAGCGCCCUCAAAUGUUCAUGAAAUCGAUGAGGCGGAGCAAGAGGCAGCCCGUAGAAGGAAGGGUAAGGCUAUAGCCAAAUCCAGCAAGACCCGAGAUUCGGCGUUCAAACGCCUAGGGGACAAAGAUGAUGGACCCCGCAAGUCUGCCAAGCUACGUCUUGGUCCUGAGAUGGGCCGGACUAGCGCAAUGGAAAGACUUGGCGGGAGUCGUCCCGCCCAAUCUCAUUGUUCUAGGGAAUCUGAGAUGAUUCACCUAGACGAGGAGGAAGCUGAAAGCCAGCCCAAGGCAUCAGCGUAUACCAGGCUCUCAUACAAUGAGGAUGACCUGGAAGAGAUAGGGAGCGUAGAAAGAAAGUUACGUGCUCUGGAGGAAAAAGUGGAAGAGAAGGCGGGAGCAAAGAAGUAUACCUUGGCCAGAUCUCCCUUUUCAGCCAGGGUACAUGCACAAAAACUGAGGCGGAAGAUCAAGCUGGACGUGGAGAAGUUCACUGGAAAAGAGGAUCCAAAUGUCCACCUUGAUACCUUCCACAACGCAGCACAGAUGGCCGGGUGCACUGAUGCUGAGGAGUGCUUUCUCUUCUUCUCAUCCUUGAGAGGGAGGCCAGUGGAAUGGUUUAACGGCCUUCCCCAUGGCAGGAUUGGGUCCUUUGAGAAACUUGCCGAAGUUUUCUGCAAGAAGAGGCCACCCUCCUCUUAUCAGGAAGCCUACAAUACGGCAUGGGAGUAUGCCGAGGCGGAAGUGCUGAAUAAGAGAAAGCGAGAAUUGGAGGAGGGAUAUACAAAGGUGAAAUCCGACAAACCGAAGAAGGAUGACCAGACGGAAGGGUCCAAGCCAAAAGCCACGUAUGACGGAUUUGUCCAUCAAAUAAGGGAUGAUAAGAAGGGAGAGCAACCCAAGAGGCCAUGGACGGAAAAGUGGUGUACCUACCACCAAUCUGACUCCCACAUUACGACGGAUUGUCGAAAUGUUAAGGUUGUGCUCAAGGAGAUGGCCUUGAAGGGAGAGCUUGAGGAAGGUUACGCGACGGGGAAUAAGAAGGACCCGAAAGCGAACACCUGGACCCGUCCUCAGGGAAAAGACCAGGGAAGGAGAAAAUCCGGGAAGGAUAACAACAAUCCGGAUAAAGAAUUCAUUGAGAUGAUUGUCGGUGGCCCAGAAGCCGGGGACACUGCCUCCCAGCGGAAGAACUGGGCCAGGAGCUUGCACGUAGCGGUGGUUUCCUUGGAAUCACAAGGAAAGCAAGCAAGGAGGGAACCUAUCACUUUCACUGAUAGGGAUCUGCCCAGAACGGGGGGAGAUCAUAAUGACCCUUUGGUCAUUACAAUGGACAUCAAUGGGGCUGAUGUGGCCAGGGUCCUGGUUGACACCGGAAGCAGUGUCAAUGUUUUAUACUUGGAUGCCUUCAAGAAAUUGAAGCUUGACAGGUCCAUGUUAAGGCCGCUACAAACUCCAUUAUCAGGCUUCACCGGAGCUAGCAUAGAAGCAGAAGGUCAGAUAACCUUAUCGGUUACCUUGGGGUCAGGUAACAGGACAGUGACCAAACAAAUGAGAUUUGUUGUGGUCGACAUCAAAUGUGUGCAUAAUGCCAUUCUGGGUAGGCCUGGAAUCAACCAGGUUAGGGCCAUUAUUUUCAUGGCACACUUAUGCAUGAAGUUUUACACUCCCAAUGGAAUCGGGGAGGAAAGGGGUGAUCAAAAGAAUGCUUGGUCCUGCUACUUGGAAGCAGUCAAGAAAAUGAUCCGCCAAUUCGAACAAAUUGAAUUGGUCUCCCAGCAGGUAGACAAGGGUGAGGAGAAGGCUAGGAUCGAGCCGGAUGCAAACACGGAGGAGAUCCAGAUUUAUGCCUCCAAUCCUGAAAGGAAGGGGUCUAGGCCUGUAAGACAGAAGAAGAGAUUCUUGGCAAGUGAAAGGAGGGAGUUUGUGAAGAAGGAGGUCAAGGAUCUACGUGAGGCCCACCCCAUCAUCGUGUUGACCGACCUGCCAUUGGGCACGGUCAUGAGGGACUCCACCUCAUCAGGAAGAAUGAUCAAAUGGGCCAUAAUGUUGACCCAAUUCAACAUCGAAUAUCGCCCGAGUACGGCGAUAAAGGGCCAAGCUGUGGCUGAUUUUCUUGUGGAGAUGACGGGUCACCAAGAUGAAGAACCAGCCAGGGCUAUCACAGAGCCUUGGUGGUCCAUGUCAGUAGAUGGAGCCUCUGGACCGAAAGGUUACGGGGGAGGUGUAGUAUUCACAACUCCGGAAGGGUUCAAGGUGUAUCAUGCCUUGAUCUUUAAUUUCAAGCUUACAAACAAUGAAGCUGAAUAUGAGGCGUUGAUAGGGGGUCUGAGAUUGGCAAAAACCCUGCAAAUCACAUGCAUCAGGAUCAAGUCCGAUUCAAGCUUGGUGGUAGGCCACAUCAAUGGCAACAUGGAGGCCAAAGGAGAGAAGAUGCAGAAGUACAGAGACUUGGUAAGGGCACUAUUGAAGGGCCUGACUGAGUAUGUGGUGGAGCAAAUCCCUAGGGGCGAGAACACCGGCGCUGACUUGCUAUCAAAAUUGACGCAAGCAGCCCCAGAACAUGUGUCGAAGUUGGCCAGGAUUGAGACGUUGGAAAAGGCUAGUAUUGAAGGGCUUUUUGUUAGCCUGAUAGAGGAGGAUGGACAACCCAAUCCAGGCCUGGUGGAGCCAGAUGAUAUUUGGAUGGAUGACUUGGUCAAGUAUUACAUGACCGAGCAAUUCCCUGAGAAUGAGGACAAGGUAAGAAAAGUAAAGUUGAGAGCUCCCAGAUUCCAAAUGCUUGAUGGAAGGUUAUACAAAAGAGCAUUUGGUGGUCCAUUGUUGAGGUGCUUAACAAGGGAAGAGGCGGAAAGAGUGAUCGCCGAGGUUCACAAGGGUGUCUGUGCAGCCCACCAAAUGUCCAGGACACUCGCACAAAGGAUUAUCCUGCUAGGUUACUUCUGGCCUACAAUGAACCAAGAUUGUGAGAAGUAUGUGCAAAGGUGCAAAACUUGUCAGGUGUUCUACAAAUUUCCAGGAAGGCCUGCGACAUACUACCAUCCAAUUUCCAAUGUUAUUCCAUUCGCAAGAGAAGAGUAUGUGCCCGAUCACUACAUCGAGACCAAAUAUGAGGAAUUCUCCAAAUUCACCCAGGGGAAGCUGACUCUCCCCGAGUACCGUCAGCAGUUUGAUGGGUUGUCUGAGUUUGGUAAAGACUUAGUCAACACCAUGGAGAAACGCUGCAAGAAGUUCAUCAAGGAUAUAAGACCUGACCUCUCAUCAUCACUCAUAAUAGUUCCCCGAGCCGACAUCAAUGAUGUUUACAAGAAGGCUCUUAAACUGAACGAGGAGCUCAUCAAGAAGGCUGCGUACGAUCAAGCUUUGCUGGAAGAAAGUCGGGCCGUCCAAUCAGGCCCGAAGAUUGGGCAUGUUAAUAAGAGGACCUUGUCCGCACCGAGCAACUCUCGUCAUGAUAAGCGAGUGAAAUCUACUCCCUCUGUGUCUGUGACCGUCACUAGUAAGAGUGGGAAGGAGAAAGCGACAUACCGUAAACCUGGAUGCUCACACUGUGGCCGCAGGCAUGCUGGUGAGUGUUGGCUCACACAGGGUCUUUGCCUCGGGUGUGGUCAGGCAGGUCACUUUCGGAAGGAUUGCCCGACGAACCCAGGCAAGGUUUUCUCCACAGCACCAGGCACACUGGGUGUUUCAACUGUCCGACGGGCCGAGCCUACCCAGAGUCAUCGUUCCACGGCUACUUCUAACCAGCCGAAAAGACCAGCAUCCAGUCAACAGCAAGAACGAGCACUAGCUCGAAAGGUAUUCUUAGCCGAUCUCAUUGAACUCCCUCACAAGGAGUUUGACGUUAUACUUGGCAUGGACUGGUUGACAAAACACCAGGCUAUUGUCGAGUGCAAGGAACGAGUGGUGAGACUUCGUACUGAUGAUGGUAACGAAGUGAUCAUUCAGGGAGGACUUCUGCCGAAAGCCCCGAAAUUCAUCUCUUAUAUGCAAGCAAAACGGCUCAUUCACAGGAAAUGUAAAGCAUUCUUGUGCACUGUUAAGGAUAUACAGAAGGAAACACCUAACCAUAAGGACAUAUCUGUGGUUUGUGACUUUUUCCUGAUGUAUUUCCUGAAGAACUUCCUUGUCUACCUCCUCCAAGAGAAUCAGCCGUCAAGUUCAAAAAUGGAGAACUACGAUGAGGAAUUUGCCAUGAUGGUCAAGCAAUUCCGGAAGUUCAAAAAGUUCUUCAAGAAAGCUGACUCAGUCAGAAGGCCAUCCAAGGGAAAGCCACAGGUAAGUGACUCUCCUCCUGAAUCUUAUUUGUGUUACAAUUGCAGGAAGCCUGGCCACUGGAAGUCAGCGUGCCCGUACCCAAAAGUGGAGAAGUACGGAGAAAGAGAAAGGAUCGAGAAGAAAAAGAAGGCAAUGGUUGCUGCUGAAAGUGACGAGUCAUCCAGCUCAAGCUCGGAUGAAGAAGCUCUCAUCUGCAUGGAGCGCAGAGUUGAAAAGUCCAACCAUGAGGAUAGGUGGACUAUGUCAGAAGAUGACAUUCUCUGCCUAAUGGCCAAAGAUGAUGCUGAUCAAGAGGUAACCUCACAAACCUCUUGCUCAUCUUCUUAUGAAAGCAUACCAAUUUCUGAAAAUCUUUUUGACCAGUUCAAAAAGAUGAUGAAAGACUUUGAGGAGAUAAAUCUCAAACAUUCUUCCCUAACAGAGGAGAACAAACUAUUGAGUGAAGAGAAUCUCAAGUUGACUGAAGGUCGGAAAAGUCAACUGAAUGAGAUCACUCAACUCAAGACUGAAAAUGAAUCUCUCUCUGAAAAGGUGAAAUCCCUUAACAAAGAGCUAGGGAUACUCAAGUCCAAAGAAGCAGUGGAUAAGCUUCUUGAAGCGACCAAACAUAAGGGUCGUGAAGGACUUGGGUUUGACCCCUCUAGCUCUAAAAGGAAAGGGAAGACAACUUUCAUCCCUCCUAAACCUACUGCUAAACCAAAUACGCAGAAAGGGAAGGAAAAGGAAAAACCAACAGAAGUUCCCAAAAAGGUAGUCCCUCCUAAGAACUAUAGGAAGCUGGACAGACCUCAAAAAGGAAAUAAUUUCAGAAGAAAACCUUCUGACCCCCAUUAUACACGAGGCUAUACCCAUUAUGGGGUAGACAGGAGUUUUCCAAGAAAUUCUGAGUGGAGAACUAUGCCAAGAUAUAGUCAUCCUUCACCCCAGAAGCUAUUUGUGCCACCUAAGUAUGCUUAUAACCGACACAGGAGACACUAUGCACAACCUAGACAAAAUUAUAGGUCUUAUCAACCUAGGUUUGCUAGGAGGAAACAGGAAAUAACACCUCCUGCACGUAGGAAAUUUUAUGCCUACAACUAUGACUACAAUCCCAACAAGUUUAGAGCUGCAAGGAAGAUUCCCUGCAACUUCAAACUUGAUGUAGGGACACAUACCAUUAACUACUCCGGACCCAAACUUAAUUGGGUACCAAAAUCUUCCUCCUCCUAAUGCAGGAAGCCACUAAGUACCCAGGUGUCUGGUACUUAGACAGUGGCUGUUCAAGACACAUGACGGGUGAUGCGAGCCUUUUGAGCAAUCUA